CACUGUGAGGCCUGGUCACACAGCUAAUAAGCCUGGUUACUCAGUAAACAAGAUGGCGCCGAGAAAGCGAAAACACGAGGAGACCGGAGACGAAGAAAAUAAUAACGAUGAGGUCGUGGUGGAUAAGAAAUCGAAAAAGCCAAAGUGGACAAAUAAACAGAGGGUUCUCAUAUUUUCUUCACGUGGAAUAACGUACAGAGCAAGACACUUGAUGUUGGAUCUAAGAGUUCUACUUCCCCACCAUAAAGCAGAAACAAAGCUUGAUAGAAAAGAUAAGCUCUUUAUUGUAAAUGAGGUGUGUGAGAUGAAAAACUGCAACAAGUGCAUAUUUCUUGAGAUGAGAAAAAAGAAAGACCUCUUUAUGUGGUUAUCAUGUACUCCUCAUGGGCCUUCAGUUAAAUUUUUAGUUGAAAAUAUUCAUACCAUGGAUGAGCUCAAGUUAACAGGAAACUGUCUUAAAGGAUCUCGACCUAUUCUAUCUUUUGAUGAACAUUUUGAUAAAACACCACAUAAUGUGAUUCUCAAGGAAAUGUUUAUACAAAUAUUUGGAACACCACUUAAUCACCCAAAGAGCAAGCCAUUUGUUGAUCGAGUCAUGACCUUCUCCAUACAAGACAAUAGAAUAUGGGUUAGAAAUUUCCAGAUUGUAGAAGAGGAUGGCACGAUGUUAGAGAUUGGUCCAAGAUUUGUCCUGAACCCAAUCCGGAUAUUUGAAGGCAGCUUUGGUGGACCUACCCUUUACGAAAAUCCUUAUUACCAGUCCCCUAAUGAGUACCGCCGCAUUGUUCGCCGCAAGGCUGCCUUCCGCUACCUGGAUCGCGUGGACGCCAAGCAGUCCCUAGAAGCUCGCCGAGAGGCCAACAAGGAUCUUCCACGUGAUGCUGACGACGUGGAUGACGUGUUCUACACUAUCACCCAAUCAGACCUCGACAAAGCACGCAGCAACAAGCAGAAAAGCCAACAUCUUUAAGAACAUGACAAACCAUUCAAAACAAAUCUAAUUGGGAAAAUGCUAAUGACAAAAAUAUGAUGUUUUUAGCAAAUGAACUAUACACUUAUUGCGGAUAUUAUCAUAAGGCCUAGUUAACGGGACAGAAUGACGAGUUAUACUGUAGUGGAUGGCUGUGUAUCGAUUUACUUUGAUAUGUUACACUCUUUUUUUUAUAAGAAUCUUUUUUAUAAGAACGUCCAGCCUGGGAUUUCGCCAAAAUUUAAGAACAUGCCGAAGCUCAGAUAGCAGCAACAUAUUUUUUUUAUUAGAGUGAUAUCGCUCUAAAAGUGAAGAAUCAAAUUGUGCUUAUACUAGCGACUUAAAAUACUAUUGUUAUUGAUCA